UUCUGCCCGUUUUUCCCCUUUUUUUCUCCCGUCCCCGCCGUGUCCCCUCACGGCCCGCCCCGCCGGGCCGCACAUGCUCGCUGUGCCCGACAUGGCGGCUCCCAGCGCGGGGCUGCGCCAGCGCCGCCCGGGCCGGGCCGGAGCCCCCGAUGGAGCUCCCGGAGCGGCCCCCGCUGCAUCCCCCGAGCCCGGGCUCGCUACCGCGGCCCCGCCGCUCUCCCCGGGCACCUUCUGGCUGACCCGCAUCGUGCUGCUGCGCUCCAUUGCCUUCCUGUACUUCGUGGCCUUCCUGGUGGCCUUUCAGCAGAACAAGCAGCUGAUAGGAGAGAAGGGGCUGCUCCCCUGCAAGCUCUACCUGCAGGAUGUCAAGAAAUACUUCAAGGGGAAGGUCGGCCUGGAUGCCCUGAGCUAUGCCCCCACUCUCAUCUGGUUCCUGGACUGGUCUGCCAUGGACAGCACCUUGGAUUGCCUGGCCCUGGCUGGCCUGGCAGUGGCAGCCUUUGUGCUGCUGACUGGCUGUGCCAACAUGGUCCUCAUGUCCCUGCUGUGGCUCCUCUACCUCUCUCUGGUCAACGUUGGACAGAUCUGGUAUUCCUUUGGAUGGGAAUCACAGCUCCUGGAGACAGGAUUCCUGGGAAUAUUCCUGUGCCCCCUCUGGACCCUGUCCCGCCUGCCCCAGGGCUCUCCUCCUUCCAGGAUUGUCAUCUGGAGUUUCCGCUGGCUGAUUUUCAGGAUCAUGCUCGGAGCGGGGCUGAUUAAAAUCCGAGGAGAUCGCUGCUGGAGAGAGUUAACUUGCAUGGAUUAUCACUACGAGACGCAGCCGGUGCCCAGCCCCAUCUCGUACUUCAUGCACCGCUCGCCCUGGUGGUUCCACCGCCUCGAGACCUUGGUCAACCACUUCAUCGAGCUGGUGGUGCCCUUCUUCCUGCUGCUGGGCAGGAGGAUGGGCAUCCUGCACGGCCUCCUGCAGAUCCUCUUCCAGGUGCUCCUGAUCAUAAGUGGGAACCUGAGUUUCCUGAACUGGCUGACCAUGGUGCCCAGCCUGGCGUGCUUUGACGACGCCAGCCUGGGGCUCCUCUUCGGCUCGCGGCUGCGGGAGCGGGCGGCGCGGCUGCAGCUCCCGGCGGCGCGGGGACAGCGGCUUUCCCUGGGAAUCAUCUUUAUGGAUCCCAGCUGGCCCUUGGGCUGCUACAGCUGCCGGAGCAUCACCAAGGAGAGGACAGAAGUCAUCCUUCAGGGAACAUCCAGCCUGGAUCCCAAUGACCCCACAGCAGUCUGGGAGGAGUUUGAGUUCAAGUGCAAGCCCGGGGACUUGAGGAGGAGGCCGUGCCUCAUCUCCCCCUACCACUAUCGCCUCGACUGGCUCAUGUGGUUUGCUGCCUUCCAGACCUACGAGCAGAACGAAUGGAUCAUCCACCUGGCUGGGAAGCUGCUGGCCCAGGAGGAGGAGACCUUGUCCCUGCUGGCCACAAACCCCUUUGCAGGCAGAGACCCUCCAAGGUGGAUCCGGGGGGAACACUUCAGGUACAAGUUCAGCCAGCCCGGGGGGAAGCACGCCCGCGACGGGAAGUGGUGGAUCCGGAAAAGGAUCGGCCCCUAUUUCCCCCCCGUCAACCUGCAGGGCCUGAGGAAGUUCUUUGAGGACAGGAAUUGGCCUUAUCCCGUGCAGGACUGAGGGAAAAGGAUGGCCAGGACAAGAGGGACCAGCGGGGAAGAUGGAGAACGAGCAGCUCCCUUCCCAACACCUCCUGCCUCUGUUUUAUAUCCAUAUCCUUGGUCACGCCUGCUUUCCAGAACAUUCCCAGCCAGUUUGCCCACUUGCUCUGUGAGCUGCUUUUUCUCACCUCAGUGGUUGAUUUCUUUUGCCAGGCUGCUCCAUUCAGGAAUUCCUCUGGAACUGGGAAAAAGGCAAGCAAAUAACCAUCACUGGUUUUGGGCGAGGCGUUGGUGUUGCCAAAAGCAGCUGAACGUGGGUUUGAAACAAAAAUGGGAAAACAAACCAGGAGGGAUCUCUGGGGUUGUGUGGGCUGUGGAGGCAGGCACAGGAAUGCCCUUUUCCAUGUUUCCUUGCACCUUUUUGACCACAUACACCAAAUGGGCACCACUGGGAACGUGUUCCUGGAAAGGGAUUAAAGGAAACAAUUGUUGAAUAACCA